GCAUACGACGUGCGGAUCACUCGUCACCGGAUUACAAUCACUUUCAUUCUAACCAGAAACUUCAAAAUGUUUGAGGACAAAAUAAUCAACUCCACUCGCAGAUUGUGAUGGAUGUCUGCGUAUGACGUAAAAAAGCGACAAAAAUACGAGGUGAAACGUACGAGAUAAAGAACAUUUACGAAGGAAAGAAGAAAAAAAAAACAACAUCGAGACAGUGGUUGAAGUUCAAAAUAUGAGUAUUGUAGCAGUGGUUUUGCUGUCAGUUCUGGACGUAUUCGCUGCCCUAACCAACACCGCUAUCCUAUGCCUUGUACUGCCAAGAACAUGUAUGCGUACAGUCAGUAAUUUAUUUCUCGUAGGUCUGUCAUUGACACAGUUUUUGAUGACGGUCUUAGUGAUUCCAUUUUCGAUAGUCACCCUCUCGCAACAGUCAUGGCAGUUUGGUGAAGGAUUUUGCCAAUUUCAGGGAUUUUUUACUAUUUUUCUCUCCAUUUCCUCUGCCACAUUCAUUUCUGUUAUUGCAGUGGACAGAUAUUUUUCACUGGCUAACCCAAUGAGCCAUACUGCCAGAGUUACAUCGACACAUGUCCUCUUCACUUCGAUAUUCAACUGGUUUCGCGCUGCGUUUUGGGCAGCUUUUCCUCUUUUCGGCAUCGAUGGACUCAAGUACAAAUUUGUUCCUUCGAUAAAUGGCUGCAGAUUCCGUUUGGAUCUUAAAGGCUCGUACUCUAUUUACUAUUAUUUUAUCGCCAUGGAGAGUUUCCUUCUCACGUCCUUCACGAUGUGUAUAAUGUAUUUCAAGAGCUUUCAAACCGCGCGCAAUAGCGCUCGUCAAGUUCGACCAGGGAAUAUACAAAUCCAGGUUUUACAGAAUGGCGAAUUCACUUCGGUAGCACAAACAAAAAACAGUUUUCAGAGUUUGAAAGCGAAUGUUACCUUGGCACUAAUCAUUGGGUCUUUUUUGCUGACGAGAGGUCCGCUGGCGAUUUUCAACAUCGUCACCAGCUUCACUAGUGAAGGAUAUUUUUCCGCCGGUACGGAAACGACUGUGUAUUUUAUGGUAUUUUUAGGGCCAUUACUAGAUUCCCUUGUGUAUGUUUUGCUCAACCGAAAGCUGCGAAAAGAGGUUUUUCUUAUUCUGCGCAAGUGUGUCAAAAAAAGAUCGGUUGAAGAAGAACCCAAAGACAUUGUCGAUUAUUUAAGGACGCUAACUGAUAACUAUGUUUCUACGAGAAAUUCAUCCACAGAAAUCAGUUGAGAAACCGUGAAAGACUG